UCGGCGUGAACAACGUUCCAACGGCUCCGCUCCGUCGAAAAAUAAUUGAAAUAAAAAAGUAAAAAAAGAACAGGAGCGUUUUCUAACUGUUUCUGUCGGGAUCGGUACCUCUCUGUGCAUUUGUGUGUGUGUGUGUGUGUGCCUGUGAGCUAUGAAUCCAAUUGACCGCAUUGCGUUGCCAUUUCCGUUUCCGGUCACAAACGUUAGUUCUUCGUCGUCGUCUCCUGCUUCUUCUCCGUUGGAUGUGCGACAUCUGUGACUGUGAUUGUGACUGUUUAGUAACUGCUUUCGCGUGUGUUCGCAAAAGAGCGAUUGACAACCAGAUAAUAAAUCCUAAAUAACAAUAGAGGCGAAAUCGAUUAGCGCGAUUAACAGACAUGUUGAUUGAGCCGACUUUAAACCGUGACCUUGGCUCGCUUACUGUCGCUAACUCUGGCCUCUCGGCCGCGCACUGGAAAAUGGAGCCCCAUCCGCAGCAACGCAUCACCUCGCUGGCCCCGCACCCCGCCUCCAGCGCAGCGGCAUCCGUGGCAGCAGCAGCAGCCGCAGCAGUGGCAGCGGCAGCGGGAUCGGUAUCGGUAUCCGGACCGGGAUCGGGGGCCUCCACAUCGCCCACAUCUGUGCAAAUACCGCCCGGCUUUGGCGGCACCGCCGGUGCACCGCCAGCUGGAUCGACGGGGAGCAGCACCCUCAACACUCUGAUGUCGCAACACCGCCUCCUGGAGUUCUCCCGCUUUGGCGGUCUGCGGGGAUACGACAUUGCCCAGCACAUGCUCACGCAGCAGGGCGCUGUCUCCAAGUUGCUAGGCUCACUGCGACCACCGGGCUUAAUUGGUGGCUCAAAGCCCAAGGUGGCCACGCCGACGGUCGUCUCCAAGAUCGAGCAGUACAAGCGCGAGAACCCAACGAUCUUUGCCUGGGAGAUACGCGAGCGUCUGAUCUCCGAAGGUGUCUGCACCAACGCCACCGCUCCCUCGGUGAGCAGCAUCAAUCGCAUCCUGCGCAACCGCGCCGCCGAGCGGGUGGCCAGCGAGUUUGCCCGCACCGCCGCCUACGGGCUCUAUCCGCCGCCCCCGCAUCCUUAUGGCAGCUUCACCUGGCAUCCGGCCGGCCAAGUGCCCGGUGGCCAGGCGGUUCCACCGCCGCCACCCCCAUCCGCAUUGUGGUCUGUGGCUGCUCCCACACUAGCGAAUCUGCCGCCCAGUGCGGCGAGUGCGGUGCCAUCGCCUGGCUGUGGAUCCCUUAGCUCGGCUCAUCUCAUGGCAGGUGGUGGUGCUGGUGGCGCUGGAGGUUUAGGAGGAGUACCCUCGAGCAGGGCCAUUUCACCAGGCUCCGGCAGCCACGACACUUUGGAAUCGGCGGACGAGAACAGGCACAUCGAUUCGGAUUAUCUGGACGAUGAUGAUGAGCCCAAGUUUCGGCGGAACAGGACCACUUUCAGUCCGGAGCAGCUGGAGGAGCUGGAGAAGGAGUUUGACAAGUCGCACUAUCCCUGUGUGAGCACCAGGGAGAGGCUUUCGAGCCGCACCAGCCUGAGUGAGGCCAGGGUUCAGGUUUGGUUCUCGAAUCGGCGAGCCAAGUGGCGUCGCCACCAGCGCAUGAAUCUCCUAAAGCGCCAGCGCUCCAGUCCCGCGAAUCCCCUGCACUCGCAGCAGUCCAACGAUGCUCCAGCGAGUUCGCCCACGCCUAGUAAUCAUAGCAGUGCCUCCGCCUCGACUUCAGUGGCUCCUGCUCCGCCUCCCCAGCAACCGUUGCAGCUCUGCCCCUCGGAUCACUCGCCGCAGGCUCCACCACCCUCGGUGAUGCUGCAUCCAUUGCAUCCAGGACCUCCCGGUGGGGGCCACCAUCACCAUCAUCCCCUGCACCUACCCACGCAUCCGGCGGCUCUGCAGCUCCUGAGUCACUAUCACCAGCAGCAGCAACAUCAGCAGCAGCAGCAGCAACUCUCGCCCACGGGCUGCAAUCCUGGGGCAAGCCACCUGACAAUGGGCGGGGAAAGGAGUGCCUUCCGCAGCCUGGUCAGCUCGCCCUCGGCAGCUGCCUUCCUCGGCUUAGCCAGACAGUAUGCCGUGGCCGCUUCUCUGACGGUGGCCGAGGAGCAGCGAUCCCGUUUGCACUACUCCGCCGGCGUUGGACUAAGUGGAGCUGCCGUGGCUGCUGGAGCAGAGGGAGCAGGAUCGGGCAGCGGCUUAACUGGUGGAGGCUCAACCAUGACGGUGGACAACUCAUCGUCCGACUCGGAUGAGGAGAUCAACGUACACGACGAUUCGGACGCUGAAAUCGAAUCGCCGGCGGCAACGGCGGCAAAGGUGGCCCGCCUGUCAUCCUCCGAUGCGCCGACGACGCUGCAGUUCCUAAAGCAUGACCGCUAGAGAGAGAUGUCGAUGUGGAUAUAGAUGUGAAUAAGUAGAUGUACACGGGGCUAUGGAUGUGGACGUGAACGUGGCGGCGACAUCUAAUUGAAAACUUGAGUUGUGCGCGCCUCUGUGAUUGACAGCAACAGCAGUUGAAAUUGCAACUCCGCGGCACCAACUACUGGGGACUGGGAUGGGUCGGAGGGCGGUGCGUGUUUGGGUAGUGAAACACGAGAAGCGGCUACAUUGUGGGCAAAACAAAUCGAAAAACCAAAGUUAAAAUGCUGCUCACCUACUUGGCUGCGGUCCGGGGAAGCUGGAAGCAUCAGCAGCAGCGAAAAUAGCAAAAAAUAACACUGACCAGCAAGGGUUUUGGGGCAAGAAUGGGAAGUACUUUUAUUUUACAAGAUUUUGGUGUUAAAAAAUUUAGCUAUUACUUUGAAUUUUCAAUAUUAAAAAGGGGUUACAAAUAAAUUACCAAAUUUGAACAAGUUUUUCUUUCAACUCAACUACUUCAUUCAAUCUGGGCUUAAAAAGAUCCACAACAAAAAAAUUUUUUAAAUUGGAAAAUUCAUUUUUUUAAAUUCCAAAAUGACAAAUGAAAUUUUUUUAUUAAAUUUUAAAACAUUUAAAAUAGAAUAAUAAACCCUUUAAAACCAGAUUCCAGUUUAGCAUCAAAAAAAGUACUUCUUACUUGCCUCUAAAAUUAGUUUAAAACCUGCUGGCCAGUGUAAUGGGCGGCAUUUGUUUGUGGACACGCUUAAGAUUAGCUGAAAUUGUAACUAAUACUACGUACGACACACGCUUGUCCCAUUUUAAUGCACAUAUCUCUAUCCCAACUGAACACGAACACGAAUCCGCAUACGUACGUACCCUCGAGUUAUGCAUAAUUAUUAUUAUAUUUGUUCAUUCGCCGGCUGCCGACUGCCGACUUACCUCAUCACCAUUUAAGGCUAUAGCAUAUGCAAUAUCUCUAUAUAUGUAACUCUAACUCUAACUCCUAGACCUAGCCUAAGCCUAAGCCUAAGCUAUCUAUUUAUGAAAUGCGUAUUACGUAAGAAUUUUGGUUGCGUUCGAACUGAUACUUUGUAGAGUAUUGUAAGUGUUUGGCUCAAAUCAUAAACACAAAUCAAAGAAAAACCAACUCCACACGAGUGAGAAACCAAUAAAA